UGCUGCUGCUGCUCGGCGGCCUGUCGCUGCUGGUGGCCCGAGUGGAUGCCGACGUCCCCAUGGAGGCCUGCUGUGCAGAUGGACACCGGAUGGCCACUCAGCACAGGGACUGCUCACUGCUGUAUGCUUCAGAAUCCAAGGAAUGCAGGAUGACCCACGAGCAGUGCUGCCACAGCCAGCUGGAGGAGCUGCACUGCACCACUGGCAUCAACCUGGCCAAUGAGCAGGACGGCUGCGCCAUGCCCCACAGCAACAGCACCAGCCUUGAGGCCCUGUUUGUGAAGAGGUGCUGCCACUGCUGCCUGCUGGGCCGUGCGGCCCAGGCCCAGGCCCAGGCCCAGGCCCAGAGCUGCGAGCCCAGCCUCAUGCUUGGCUACCAGUGCGGGCUGGUGUUCCGUGCCUGCUGCGUCCGGGGCCAGGAGAGCGCAGACUUCAUCCCCGGGGACAUCAGAGACCCCCAGGAAAACGCUAAGAGUACAAUGGCUGAGGAGGAGCAAGAAGACCCCUACCUGAAUGACCGCUGUCGAGGUGGCGGGCCCUGCAAGCAGCAGUGUCGUGAUACGGGGGACGAGGUGGUCUGCUCGUGCUUUGUGGGCUAUCAGCUGAUGCCCGAUGGUGUCUCUUGCGAAGACGUCAAUGAGUGCAUCACAGGCAGCCACAGUUGCCGGCUUGGAGAGACCUGCAUCAAUACCGUGGGCUCUUUCCGCUGCCAGCGUGAGAGCAGCUGCGGGACGGGCUAUGAGCUCACAGAGGACAAUGACUGCAAAGAUAUUGACGAGUGUGAGAAUGGUAUUCAUAACUGCCCCCCCGAUUUUAUCUGUCAGAAUACUCUGGGAUCCUUCCGUUGCAGACCCAAGCUGCACUGCAAGAGCGGCUUUAUACAAGAUGCUCUAGGCAGCUGUAUUGAUAUCAAUGAGUGUUUAAGUAUCAGUGCUCCGUGCCCUGUCGGGCAGACAUGCAUCAAUACGGAGGGCUCCUACACAUGCCAGAAGAACGUGCCCAACUGUGGCCGUGGCUAUCAUCUCAACGAGGAGGGAACUCGCUGUGUUGACUUAGACGAAUGUGCACCGCCCGCCGAGCCCUGCGGGCAAGGACACCGCUGCCUCAACACCCCUGGCAGCUUCCGCUGCGACUGCAAGGCUGGGUACUACUUCGAUGGCAUCAGCAGGACGUGUGUGGACAUCAACGAAUGCCAGCGCUACCCUGGGCGCCUGUGUGGCCACAAGUGUGAGAACACGCCGGGCUCGUACCACUGCAGCUGCUCUGCGGGCUUCCGGCUGUCCGUGGAUGGCCGGUCGUGUGAAGAUGUCAAUGAGUGCCUUAGCAGCCCCUGCAGCCAGGAGUGCGCCAACGUCUACGGAUCCUAUCAGUGCUACUGCCGCCGUGGCUACCAGCUCAGUGACUUGGAUGGUGUCACCUGUGAAGACAUCGACGAGUGCGCUCUGCCCACCGGGGGCCACAUCUGCUCCUACCGCUGCAUCAACACCCCCGGAAGCUUCCAGUGCAGCUGCCCCUCUGCCGGCUACCGGCUAGCACCCAACGGCCGCAACUGCCAAGAUAUCGACGAGUGUGUGGCCGGCAUCCACAACUGCUCUGGCAACGAGACCUGCUUCAACAUCCAGGGUGGCUUCCGCUGCCUGGCCUUCGAGUGCCCCGAGAACUACCGCCGCUCCGGAGACACGCUCCGCCAGGAGAAGACGGACACCGUGCGCUGUAUCAAGUCCUGCCGCCCCAGCGACUCGGCCUGCGUGCGGGACCCUGUGCACACCGUCUCACACACCGUCGUCUCUCUGCCCACCUUCCGAGAGUUCUCCCACCCUGAAGAAAUCAUCUUCCUGAGGGCUGUCACACCGCUGUACCCGGCCAGCCAGGCCGACAUCAUCUUCGACAUCACAGAGGGGAACCUCCGGGACUCCUUCGACAUCAUCAAACGCUACAUGGACGGCAUGACUGUGGGUGUCGUGCGCCAAGUGCGGCCCAUCGUGGGCCCGUUCCACGCUGUCCUGAAGCUGGAGAUGAACUAUGUGGUCGGGGGUGUGGUCUCCCACCGAAACGUCGUCAACGUCCACAUCUUUGUCUCGGAGUACUGGUUCUGAGGGCAGGGCCACAGCACAGCCAAGGGCACCCAGGCCAAGCCCUGCUGCCGAGGACGGCUCCGCACCUGGCUGUACCACUCAGGCAGUUCUUAACGUCACAUAUUGGUUUGUAGUGUUAGGCUCAGGUGUAUUGCACUGAGCUAGGUGGAUCCAUCCAUCCAUGUAUCUGAUGUUUAAAUAAUGUGUCCAGUUACUCAGCAGUUUGGCUGAAAACCUUGCUGAUUUUUUUGAAUGCAAAGGCUAACGUUUGCUCACUUCGCUGCCUGUGGGCUAGGCCUUGCCCACAGGACCAAGUAAAGAAAGACAGCCAGAUGUCCAAAUGCCAAGAGAAGGCCAGUUCUUUGCCCUAACUAUAUGAAAGUUGUCAUUUUAAUACUUAUUUUUGCCAGGCUGAUAUGCAUGUUUCCAGUUCAGGGCUGCUGAACAGUAGCAUAUAUACGUACACCCCAUUCUCCGCGGAGGCAGCAUGGCGGUGAUGCCCUCGGCUCUUGGGUGGCAAACUGCAGUUCUGUUGACAGGCAGGAAAAUCUCGGGAAAGACAGGCUCUGGGUUAGGUGUGGCCCCAGUGUGCACACCAGGGGCCUGGCUGGGUUCCUCUGUACCCUGCACCCACCUUUUCUACAGAUGAAAAAUAAACAGCUUUGUG